CCACCGCCGCCGCCACCGCAGUCCUGCAAUCAGCCGCAGCAUCCAGGCCCCAUGGUGGCAGCGGCUCAGUCGCUGUCCUCCAUGGCUAUGGCCCCGUCGAGUCAAGCCAGGCUGUAUCCGGGAGGGGGAUACCACCUCAACCCCUGUCUGGAGACGUCGAGCAGAGGGCAGGUGAACGCCGGCUACCCGGCGAUGAGCUACGAGAGCCCGAGCCAGUGCUACGGACCCAACCCGGGACAUCCACCGCCGCAGUUUCCGUCCCACUUCUUCAAGCACGAGGAGGCUAUCGGGCACCAGCCACCCCCUUUCGCACCGGAGCAGCAGUUCUCCAUGGCACCCAUGUACGCGUGCCACGGCUCCCCCGAGAUGAGUUGCGCCUCCAGCCAGGCCAUGCGUCUCAAGAACUCCUCCGCCUCCUACAACGGCCACCACGCAUCUGGGUACAGCACGGACACGACGAGCAGCCAGUUCCUCUACAGCACCCAGUACCGCGUGUGGACCCACGGCAUCCAGCAGGGAAUGCGUCGCGUGUCGGGGGCCGCCAGCGGCGCCCUCACCCAGGCCGUGGGGGCUCCGUCCGGCCGGGGCCGUGCCGACAGGAGGCCCUACAUGUGCAACUACCCGGGCUGCAGCAAGCGCUACUUCAAGCUGUCGCACCUGCAGAUGCACUGCCGCAAGCACACAGGGGAGAGGCCCUACCAGUGCGACUACAAGGACUGUGGCAGGCGAUUCUCUCGCUCCGAUCAGCUCAAGAGGCAUCAGCGAAGGCACACAGGGGUGAAACCAUUCCAGUGCAAAAUGUGCGAUCGCAAGUUUGCCCGGUCUGAUCACUUGAAGACCCACACGCGGACUCAUACAGGUAAACCAAGCGAGAAGCCCUUCGUCUGCCGCUGGCCAAACUGCCAGAAGAAGUUCGCCCGCUCCGACGAACUCGUGCGCCACCACAACAUGCACCAGCGCAACGUCGCCAAGCUGCAGCUGCCCAUCUGAGGGCGCCCGGGGAAAGCGGACAGACCGUUCCCUCGCAAUGUCCCCAGCGGGAAAGCCAUGCGAGGUGCCCAGCGAGGAGGGGAAGGCUCCUUCACCACGGCUACCUGGAAGGCGAAAGAAGGCGCAAGGCGGAGCCCCGUUGGGUCGGCCCGCACGCCACCUCUUUCGGAAGUUAGUUUUUGUGCGUUGGUGUCAAUGAAUUCGGAAGAGUUGGGGCAACCCCCCCUCCUUGUCCCCCUCCACACUCCCACAGCAAAAUGAUUUGUCUCUUACGGCUGUGCUCCCCACUGCGGGUUUCAGGUGCAGCGGUGAAGGGAGGCGGUGUCCUGUCCAACAGUAGAUAAAAUAUAUAAUGUUACAGCUCUUUGUCAGUCCACUGCUGGAUGAACACCUUCAUUACGCCGUGUCGGUCAUGGGAGUUGUGUGGCCAUACUUCACUACGCUGGCCCGUGCUGUUUGGCGAAGAGGGA